CCACACUGUACUACGACUGCAGGAAGGAAGCAACAACCAUCACAACUGCAUGACGCGCCGGCCUCGUCUAGACAGCAGCGUGUCCUUGGAGAUGCCGCCACCCGAGAUGCUGCAGCGCUCCGUGACCUCUGUCUCGGACGACAAGCCUCCAGCGUCGCCCACGGCGCAUCGACGCAACUCGCGGCAGUACAGUCUUCCCGUGUUGAACCUGGGCUUCUCUACCUUUAAGCUUACCAAAGAAGACCACAAACGAAGCCCAUCUCCAUCCAAACCCGUGGCAUCCCCCUCAAAGGACAAGCCAUCGCCAUCGCGACAUCGCCGCACUCCGACAAAGACGGCCGCCACACGCGCAUUCCAGCGCAUCGCAGAGGAUGUGGAAGCAGGUCACGUGACCGACCCAGGUCCUCAUUCCUCGACCGACUCUGACGACGAGUACAGCCGGAGUCGUCGGCAAAUGUUCCCACAGUCACCCAAGCGACAUGUGACAUCGUAUUCGUUGUACCUUCCGGAUUCCUGCAGCAGCCUCAAGGAUCAAUUCCUUCGCAUCAAAGAGCGCUUCACCAAACCCGUCGUCGAGCAGCCUGGAGCAUCCUCCCGUAGUGACGUGACUGCGACGACGACGGGACCCGCCACGUCGUCACCCACCGCGUCGACGUCCCCCGAGAAGCCCAAGACCAACAGCUGGCGCGGGAUGGACCCCCACGAUCGCCGCCGCGUCACGGCCGACUCUGGCGGGUGGAUCGACCCGCGGGACCUGCUGGAUCCGACGCGAAACGAGGAAAUCGCCAUGAACCCCAUGGAGCUCAUGCACGAACUGACCAAACUGAACGCGUCCGCGCAGAAACUGUUUGCCGACGACCCGUGGUCCCAUGGCGCCGAGCGGUGGGUGCUGGAAGAAUCGCAUCUUCGCGGGUACAUGACGUGCUGGACCAUCGAGCGCGGCGGCGAGUUGGUCGUGAUGAUUGCGCAAACGAUGAAAAGUUUGAACGCGAGUGUCCACCCCGACAUUUCAUUGCAAUGGAUCGGACGCCAGCUGUACGGCCUGACGAUACAGCUGCCGCUGGCGCGCAAGGAACUGUCCAUGGAGCAUAUCACGGUGGCGUCGGGGAUCGAUGUGGCGCUGGCCAAGAUGCUCAGCCUUCCCGACGUCGCUCCGUGGCCGCCAUCCCUGCAGGCGUCUGGCAUGACGACAUCGACCACCCCGUUGCUGCCAUCGGCGGAAGCAUCGGCAAUGUCGUCAGGAGGAGCAGUACUCCCCCCAAGAACCACCGAAUCAUUUGCGUCCAACCAGCCUUUGCCCGCGACCCCUCGAUCGUCCACUAGUCCAGGCCAUCACGUGCGCAGCCUCUCGUCCGACGCUGCGCCAACCACGAUGGCCAGCCCUGGCAGUUCCAUGUCCUCGGCGACCAAAGCGACGCUGCUGGUACGCAGCAUGUCGACAGACUUGGGGGCGGUCAUGGCGGGAACGAUGCAGCUGCCGCCGUCCAUGUUGAAUGACACCAAGUGGAAGCAACAGCAGCGCAAACUGCUCGUGUCGGGGAUGGCCGAACGUCGUGCGGCGGCAGUCGGUCCGAUGCCCCCAUCGACUGCAUCGUCGUCGACGAAGACAUAUCAUGCGCUCGCCGCCCCCACGACCACGACCAACUUGUUCGAAGAUGAUCCAUUCCAGCGAUGUACCCCAGACAAGACAGGGUGGUUGAAAAAGCGAAGCAGUGGCCUGAAUGCAUGGCAGCUGCGGUGGUUUGAGCUCAAGGGCAACCGCUUGUACUAUUUCAAGAGCGAAAAGGACGGCAUUCCACGCGGCGCGAUCGUUCUAGACAAAGUGCACUGUGUAAAAGACGACGACUACAGCGACAUGCCGUCGUCGUUGACGAUCGCGCCUUCUUGUGGAGAUUUCAUCUGUUUGGUCAAGUUUAGCAGCAAGAUGACGUGCCACUCGUACAGUCGACGAAGCUGCACGCUUCGUGUGGGAGAUGGCGAGUCCGACGUCGAGCUCAACGGGUGGAUUAACGCCAUCUGCCGCGCGUCAUUUCAUUGUUACUUGGCGCUGCCUCCGUCACCCCAAGGCAAAGUGAACCAAAUGCAAGCGAAAAAGUCGGACAAUGAAAUGUACAAGUACAGCAGUUUCCAGUACCUCCGAGAGACGGACCCGUUGCUGUGGGAAAUCAACCCGCUGGACCAAACCGCGAUCCGGAAGAAGGCGGCGACCGCCGCGUCCGCCUCGGAUUACGCGGUCUUGUUUACAAAAUACGCGCAUGUGCUCAAGCAUAUUGUGCUACCACGGCCCCGCCCCAUCAGCAUCGAACAGACGCUGCGCGACAUCAUCCCCGAGCUAUUUUUGAUAAACAACAUUCUGUACGGCGGCGGGGAGACGGAGAGCAUUGACGACAUCUUUGAGGUGCUGGAGGGGUACGUCCGUCGGUUUGCCGCAUCGCACGACGAGUGUGUGCACAUUGUCAGCGCCAUCUUGCAAGCGUGUGCGCGCACGAUUGCGGGCGGCGACUCGUACUUUGUCGUGCGCACAUUGUUGGGCAGUUCGUCCACGGUGAUCCGCCCCGCCGAUAAUCAUGGGAUGCCAAUCGUGAUUGACAUCAGCAGCGCCAAGCCGACGAUGUUUACGAUCACGCUGCAGAGCGCGUUCAUGUUUCACACUGUGGACGAGAUUGAGCGCAUGGACGAGGCGGACGAAGUCCGCCCGACGUGCCGCGUCCAGACGCUGCAUGUGCAAGAGAUGGACUUUGAAACGAACAAGUCGACGCGCCACCUCAAAAUUCGCCAAGUGUUGCCGGACGAAGGAGAACCACUGGAUCGGAAUUCGCACAGCAGUCGAAGCGUCAACCACGACUACGGCGCGCUCUUGGAUGGACUGGGCUAAGGAAGAGUGAGUCUGGUAUACGUCAUAGCAACAACACCCAUGGAAGGUGGAUAGAUAUGGCCUACUUCGGGUGACGUAAUGCAUUUUGCCUGCUUUGAUGUCGG